UCAGAGAGGGAAGACUGGCUGCCUACAGCUCAGAUUAAACAGAAGUGGCUGCAGAGCUGCAGAGCCAACACUGGGCUGACUCGGGAAUAAAACUCCUUCUCGGCUUCACACUUGGAUCUCUUUCCGCUGGAAGGCAACUGCAGGACAAGGCCAUGGCUAGCUCAACAAAUCUCUCCACCUAUUGGACAUUUUUGGUUUCCGUUUUGCUUCUGUCCAUCGUACAUUUGACCAAUGCCCAGACUCCUCCCACAGGAUGUGGAGACAUCAACUCAAUAUAUUACUAUUUAUGUGACCUCUCUGCUGCAUGGGGUAUAGUUCUACAAGCAAUUACCAGUGCCGGCAUCGUGUCCACCUUCAUCCUCAUCAUUGUCCUGAUAGCCAGCAUCCCAUUUAUCCAGGACAAGAGGAAGAAAAGCAUGGUGGGAACUCAGGUGUUCUUCCUUAUCGGCACCUUUGGCCUCUUCUGUUUGGUCUUCGACAUGGUGGUCCAAAAGUACUUCUCCACUUGUGCGUCAAGGAGGUUCCUCUUUGGCGUGUUCUUUGGCAUCUGCUUCUCAUGUUUGUGGGCGCACGCAAUUAACCUCAACUGCCUGGUGAGAAGAAACACCGGGCCAAACGGAUGGGGCAUUUUCGGCAUAGCCGUUGCCCUUUCUCUCGUAGAAGUCAUCAUUAACACCGAAUGGCUCAUUAUCACCAUUGUACGGACACCAAGCACCGUCCAAAUGCCAUGUGCCAUUGAAAACCAGGACUUUGUCAUGGCUCUCAUUUACGUCAUGUUCCUCAUAGUGGCCGGGUUUGUGUCCUGCUGGCCAGCACUGUGCGGGCGAUACGGCCACUGGAAAAAGCAUUCGGCUUUCAUCAUCAUCACCCUCUUCCUCUCUGCUUGCAUUUGGAUUGUUUGGAUUGUUAUGUAUGUUUAUGGAAACAGGCAGGUGGGAAACCCAACGUACUGGGAUGACCCAACGUUGGCCAUCGCUCUUGUGUCCAACGCCUGGGCCUUCAUCUUCCUCUACAUUAUUCCUGAGAUCUCCCAGCUGACCAAGCCAAGUCUGGAGCAGACUUUUGAAGAGGAUAUCUACCCAACCAGAGGGGUGGGUUAUGAAACAAUCCUCAAGGAACAAGGUGCUCAGAGCAUGUACGUGGAGAACAAGGCAUUUUCUAUGGAAGAACCACAAUCAGCCAAGAAGCCGGUGUCGCCCUACAGCGGGUACAACGGGCAGAUGAGGAGCAGCGUGUACCAGCCGACAGAGAUGGCACUCAUGAACAAGAAGACGUCAGAACUUCCCUAUGACAUCAUAAUUCCCCGAGCCACUGUCAGCACCAACCCAGCUGCCAGCGGAAACUCCACAAUGCGGGCAGAGGACGCCUACAACGCGCAAAACCGACACAUCGCAAACAACGGACAGACAAGCUCCCCGUACGGUCAGUGGUGAGAAGCCGAUCUUACGACGA